ACUGAUUAUUUGUCGACUAUAGCCAUAGCAAAUAGAAAAAAAAUUUAUUAACGUUUAACUUUUUUUUUGACGUUUAAAUCGGAAAAAUAGAAAUCGUUCACAUUUUUUCCUUUAUAAAUAUAGAUAUAUUCGAACUUGAUUUUUGAUAAUUUCGAUUUCAAUAAAAAUAAUUUUUCAUUUUUUUUGUGUGUGACUAAAAAGAAAUUCGUCCCAACUGGAUUCAAUUCGCCAACAACGACAACGAUAUAUCAAUCAAUUUCGUUUUGUUAAUCAAAUUGUUUGGAUCGUAUCGUUAGCAUUAAUCAUUUUCAUCAUGUCUGAAGUGGAAAAUAAUACUGUGACACCGAAUACGGCUGGUGAUGAAAAAUUGGAAAAAAAAGAAUGUGAACAACAACAAGACACAACAAACGGUAGCCAAGAAAUAACAAAUGGUGAUUCAUUCAAGCCAGAAGAUUAUAAAUCUUUGUAUGAUUUCACAGUCAAAGAUAUUGAUGGUAAUGAGGUUUCUCUUUCUAAAUAUGAAGGAAAAGUUGUUCUGGUUGUUAAUGUAGCUUCGAAUUGUGGUUUUACUAAAUCGAAUUAUCAACAAUUGAAUGAAUUGUUUGACAAAUAUGAAAGUCGUGGUUUUCGUGUGGCUGCAUUUCCUUGUAAUCAAUUUGCCGGACAAGAACCUGGAUGCGAUGCCGAUAUUAAAGAGUUUGCCAAGAAGAAUAACGUAAAAUUUGAUAUGUAUUCAAAAAUCGAUGUAAAUGGGUCUAAUGCUCAUCCAUUGUAUCGUUGGUUAAAACUUAAACAACGUGGAAUUUUCGGUACACAAGCGAUCAAAUGGAAUUUCACAAAAUUUUUGAUCAACAAAGAAGGACAACCAAUUAAACGUUAUUCACCAACAACUUCACCGAAUUCUAUUGAAUCAGAAUUCAAAUCGAUGUUAGAUCCAGAAAAACCAAGUGAUGAUCAACCAAAACCAACUUCCGAAUAACGAAACAACAAAUAGACAAAGUCUUUUUUUUUGUAUGUGGGUUUGAUGUAAUAAUGGCUUACCAUAUUUACACACAUUUUACAUCACUGGUUACCCAGUUUUUUCUCAUCGAUUAUCCUUGACAUUUUGGUCCACAAAUUGAACUUUCUUUUAUGUUUGCUUUUUUUAAAAAAAUCUCAAUUUAUCCUACAUUGAUAUUCCAUAUUGAUAAGCUUUUCUUUUUCUCUUCUUAAUAUUCCAAAACUAAAUCUUUAAUUUGAUUAUA